AUGUCGGAGGAGCAGUUGGGCGGGGACGGGCCGGCGGCGGCGUUCCUGGCCGUGCUGCUGGCCGCGGGCAUGCUGGCGUUCCUGGGUGCUGUCAUCUGCAUCAUCGCCAGCGUGCCCCUGGCGGCCAGCCCGGCGCGGGCGCUGCCCGGCGGCGGCGACAACGCCUCGGUCGCCCCGGGCGCCCCGGGCGCCGCCGCGUCCCCGGGCCCGCAGCGCAGCCUGAGCGCGCUGCACGGCGCGGGCGGCUCGGCCGGGCCCCCCGCGCUGCCCGGGGCUCCCGCGGCCAGCGCGCGCCCGCUGCCGCCCGCGCCCCUCUUCAGCCGCUUCCUGUGCACGCCGCUGGCCGCCGCCUGCCCGUCGGGGCCCGAGCCCGGGGACGCGGCGGGCGCGGCGCCGGGCGAGCGCGAGGAGCUGCUGCUGCUGCAGAGCACGGCGGAGCAGCUGCGCCAGACGGCGCUGCAGCAGGAGGCGCGCAUCCGCGCGGACCAGGACACCAUCCGCGAGCUCACCGGCAAGCUGGGCCGCUGCGAGAGCGGCCUGCCGCGCGGCCUGCAGGACGCCGGGCCCCGCCGGGACACCAUGGCCGACGGGGCCUGGGACUCGCCCGCGGUCAUCCUCGAGCUGGAGGACGCCGUGCGCGCCCUCCGCGACCGUCUCGACCGCCUGGAGCAGGAGCUCCCAGCCCGUGUGAACUUCUCAGCUGCCCCAGCGCCCGCAUCCGCAGCGCCCACCGCCCUGCACUCCAAGAUGGACGAGCUGGAGGGGCAGCUGCUGGCCAAGGUGCUGGCAUUGGAGAAGGAGCGCACCGCCCUCAGCCACAGUAGCCACAAGCAGCAGCAGGAGGUGGAGAAGGAGCUGGAUGCACUGCAGGGCCGUGUGGCUGAGCUGGAGCACGGACCCUCAGCCUACAGCCCCCCAGAUGCCUUCAGGGUCAGCAUCCCCAUCCGCAACAACUACAUGUACGCUCGCGUGCGGAAGGCGCUGCCUGAGCUCUACGCCUUCACCGUCUGCAUGUGGCUGCGGUCCAGGUCGGGCGGCACCGGCCAGGGCACGCCCUUCUCCUACUCGGUGCCUGGACAGGCUAACGAGAUCGUGCUGCUGGAGUCGGGCCACAACCCCAUGGAGCUGCUGAUCAAUGACAAGGUGGCCCAGCUGCCCCUGAGUCUAAAGGACAACAGCUGGCAUCACAUCUGCAUCGCCUGGACCACAAGGGAUGGCCUGUGGUCUGCCUACCAGGACGGGGAGCUGCGGGGCUCUGGUGAGAACCUGGCUGCCUGGCACCCCAUCAAGCCUCAUGGGAUCCUUAUCCUGGGCCAGGAGCAGGAUACCCUGGGUGGCCGGUUUGAUGCCACUCAAGCCUUCGUGGGCGACAUUGCCCAGUUUAACCUGUGGGACCACAUCCUGACACCCACCCAGGUCCUGGGCCUUGCCAACUGUACCGGGCCGCUACUGGGCAACGUCCUCCCCUGGGAAGACAAGCUGGUGGAGGCUUUUGGGGGUGCAAAGAAGGCCACCUUCGAUGUCUGCAAGGGGAGGGCCAAGGCAUGAGGGGCUGCCUCGUGCAGGGCCCCUCCUUUGUCUGCCACUUUGGGGCCUUUGGGGGGCACGUUCCCUCCUCAGCCUACCCACACUCUGGCCUACCCCUCCUGCCCCACUCCUCGCCAUACCUCCACCCCUGCCCCAUCCCCACACCUCCAGAACGCCCUGCCCUGUGUUGGCUGUCCCCUCAUCCCACUGGGCAGGGACAAGCAGCUCAAGUCAACAGGUCACGCCUGGGGUGAGUCCAGUGCCUAGGGUGGGGGGCGCAGUUAGCCAUACUCACAGCUCUGCCCACCCUCCUGGCGACUGGCGCCAUCUCUCACCCCCAGCCCCACCUUGCCCCAUCAGCCCUAUCUAUUCCACUGACUUCAGCAGCGUCUGCCGUGGGAUUACGUAUGGGGCAAGGGCCUUGAGCUCAGCGGCAGGGGUGGCCUUCCUCCACC